AUGGCGAGCGAGAAGUCCGGGCCGGGGCCCGGGCCGGGGCCCGAGCCUCAGCCUGCUGGGCUUAUCGCCGUCGGGUCCGGAACUGGAGCUGGAGGUGGCCCUGGAGGCAGCGGCGGUGGUGGCGGGGUUAGUGGUUUAGGGGAGCUGAGAGGGGCGUCCGGCUCCGGCUCCAUGGUGCUCCCCGCCGGAAUGAUUAACCCAUCGGUUCCGAUCCGCAACAUCCGGAUGAAAUUCGCAGUGUUGAUUGGACUCAUACAGGUCGGGGAGGUCAGCAACAGGGACAUCGUGGAGACGGUGCUCAACCUGCUUGUUGGUGGGGAAUUCGAUUUGGAGAUGAAUUUUAUAAUCCAGGAUGCUGAGAGUAUAACAUGCAUGUCAGAGCUUUUGGAACAUUGUGAUGUAACAUGUCAAGCAGAAAUUUGGAGCAUGUUUACUGCCAUUCUACGAAAAAGUGUCCGUAAUUUGCAGACCAGUACAGAAGUUGGCUUAAUUGAGCAAGUAUUGCUGAAAAUGAGUACUGUAGAUGACAUGAUUGCAGAUCUCCUGGUUGAUAUGUUGGGGGUUCUUGCAAGCUACAGUAUCACUGUCAAGGAGUUGAAGCUUUUGUUCAGCAUGCUUCGAGGAGAAAGUGGAAUCUGGCCAAGACACGCAGUUAAAUUAUUGUCAGUCCUUAAUCAGAUGCCACAGAGACAUGGGCCUGAUACUUUUUUCAAUUUCCCUGGCUGUAGUGCUGCAGCAAUUGCAUUGCCUCCUAUAGCAAAGUGGCCUUACCAAAACGGGUUUACACUCAAUACUUGGUUUCGUAUGGAUCCAUUAAAUAACAUCAAUGUUGAUAAAGAUAAACCUUAUCUUUAUUGUUUUCGUACUAGUAAAGGUGUUGGUUAUUCUGCUCAUUUUGUUGGCAACUGUUUGAUAGUCACUUCUCUGAAGUCAAAGGGCAAAGGUUUUCAGCACUGUGUGAAGUAUGAUUUUCAACCACGGAAAUGGUACAUGAUCAGCAUUGUUCACAUCUACAACCGUUGGAGAAAUAGUGAAAUACGGUGUUAUGUUAAUGGUCAGCUGGUUUCAUAUGGUGAUAUGGCCUGGCAUGUUAACACAAAUGAUAGCUAUGAUAAGUGCUUUCUUGGAUCUUCAGAAACUGCUGAUGCAAAUAGAGUUUUCUGUGGUCAACUUGGUGCAGUUUAUGUAUUCAGUGAAGCACUCAACCCAGCACAGAUAUUUGCAAUACAUCAGUUAGGACCUGGAUAUAAGAGCACUUUCAAAUUUAAAUCUGAGAGUGAUAUCCAUCUUGCUGAACAUCAUAAACAGGUUCUGUAUGAUGGGAAACUUGCAAGUAGUAUUGCUUUUACAUAUAAUGCUAAGGCUACUGAUGCUCAGCUAUGCCUAGAAUCAUCACCCAAAGAAAAUGCAUCUAUUUUUGUACACUCCCCACAUGCUCUCAUGCUCCAGGAUGUGAAAGCUAUAGUAACACACUCAAUUCACAGUGCAAUUCAUUCAAUUGGAGGGAUUCAAGUACUUUUUCCUCUUUUUGCACAACUGGACAAUCGUCAACUGAAUGAUAGUCAAAUGGAAACUACAGUCUGUGCGACUCUUUUGGCAUUCCUCGUUGAAUUGCUGAAGAGUUCAGUGGCCAUGCAAGAACAGAUGCUGGGUGGAAAAGGCUUUCUAGUCAUUGGUUACCUACUUGAAAAGUCAUCUAGGGUUCAUAUAACCAGAGCUGUUCUGGAACAGUUUUUGUCCUUUGCAAAGUAUCUUGAUGGUUUAUCUCAUGGAGCACCGUUACUGAAGCAGCUUUGUGAUCACAUACUUUUCAACCCAGCUAUCUGGAUACAUACCCCUGCAAAGGUUCAACUUUCUUUGUAUACCUAUUUAUCUGCUGAAUUUAUUGGAACUGCUACUAUCUACACUACGAUACGCAGAGUUGGAACAGUAUUACAGUUAAUGCACACACUGAAAUAUUAUUAUUGGGUUAUUAAUCCUGCUGAUAGCAGUGGCAUUACUCCUAAAGGAUUAGAUGGUCCUCGGCCCUCACAAAAAGAAAUUAUAUCAUUACGGGCAUUUAUGCUGCUUUUUUUGAAGCAGCUUAUAUUAAAGGAUCGAGGGGUCAAGGAAGAUGAACUUCAGAGUAUAUUAAAUUAUUUAUUAACAAUGCAUGAGGAUGAAAACAUACAUGAUGUUUUGCAGUUAUUAGUGGCUCUGAUGUCAGAACACCCAGCCUCAAUGAUACCUGCUUUUGAUCAAAGAAAUGGGAUACGAGUGAUAUAUAAAUUAUUGGCUUCCAAAAGUGAAAGUAUUUGGGUUCAAGCUCUGAAGGUAUUGGGAUACUUUCUCAAGCACUUGGGUCACAAGAGAAAAGUUGAAAUUAUGCACACCCACAGUCUUUUUACUCUUCUUGGAGAGAGAUUGAUGCUGCAUACAAAUACUGUGACUGUUACUACAUACAACACACUUUAUGAGAUUUUGACAGAGCAAGUUUGCACUCAAGUUGUCCAUAAACCACAUCCAGAGCCAGAUUCUACAGUGAAAAUUCAGAAUCCAAUGAUUCUUAAAGUUGUGGCAACCUUAUUGAAAAACUCUACACCAAGUGCAGAACUAAUGGAAGUUCGCCGGUUAUUUUUAUCUGAUAUGAUAAAACUUUUCAGCAAUAGCCGUGAAAACAGGAGAUGUUUACUGCAGUGUUCAGUGUGGCAGGAUUGGAUGUUUUCUCUUGGCUAUAUUAAUCCCAAAAAUUCUGAAGAACAGAAGAUUACUGAAAUGGUGUAUAAUAUUUUUCGGAUCCUUUUAUAUCAUGCAAUAAAAUAUGAAUGGGGAGGCUGGAGAGUCUGGGUGGAUACACUCUCAAUAGCCCAUUCAAAGGUAACCUAUGAAGCGCACAAGGAAUAUCUAGCCAAAAUGUAUGAAGAGUAUCAAAGACAAGAGGAAGAAAACAUUAAAAAGGGAAAGAAAGGGAAUGUGAGCACUAUAUCAGGUCUUUCAUCUCAGGCAACUGGGGCAAAAGGUGGAAUGGAAAUCAGAGAAAUAGAAGAUCUUUCUCAAAGUCAAAGCCCAGAAAGUGAAACUGAUUAUCCUGUCAGCACAGAUACCAGGGACUUGCUCAUGGCAACAAAAGUAUCAGAUGAUGUUCUAGGAAAUUCAGAUAGGCCGGGAGGUGGUGUACAUGUGGAAGUACAUGAUCUUUUAGUAGACAUAAAAGCGGAAAAAGUGGAAGCAACAGAAGUAAAGCUUGAUGAUAUGGAUUUAUCACCUGAGACUUUAGUUACUGGUGAAAAUGGUGCACUUGUGGAGGUUGAAUCUCUGUUGGACAAUGUAUAUAGUGCUGCUGUUGAGAAACUUCAAAAUAAUGUCCAUGGAAGUGUUGGCAUGAUUAAGAAGAGUGAAGAAAAGGAUAACGGCCCAUUGAUAACAUUGGCUGAUGAGAAAGAUGAACCUUCAAAUAAUAGUACCUCAUUUCUUUUUGACAAAAUUCCCAGCCAAGAAGAUAAACUUCUUCCUGAACUGUCUAGUAAUCACAUUAUUCCAAAUGUACAAGAAACUCAAGUACAUCUUGGUGUUAGUGAUGAUCUUGGACUACUUGCACAUAUGACUAGCAGUGUUGACUUAACUUGUACAUCAAACAUAAUAGAAGAAAAAGAAUUCAAAAUUCAUACAACUUCAGAUGGAAUGAGUAGCAUUUCUGAAAGGGAAUUAGUUUCAUCAUCUAAAGGUUUAGAAUAUGCUGAGAUGACUGCUACCACACUUGAAACAGAGUCUUCUGCUAGCAAAAUUGUGCCUAAUAUUGAUGCAGGAAGCAUAAUUUCAGAUACUGAGAGAUCUGAUGAUGGUAAAGAAGUAGGAAAAGAAAUCAGGAAGAUCCAGACUACUACUACAACUCAAGCGGUUCAGGGACGAUCUAUCACUCAACAAGACAGAGAUCUCAGAGUUGAUUUAGGAUUUCGAGGAAUGCCAAUGACUGAGGAACAACGCCGUCAGUUUAGCCCAGGUCCACGCACAACAAUGUUUCGGAUUCCUGAGUUUAAAUGGUCUCCAAUGCACCAGAGACUUCUCACGGACUUGCUGUUUGCGUUAGAAACAGAUGUACAUGUUUGGAGGAGCCAUUCCACAAAGUCUGUAAUGGAUUUUGUCAAUAGCAAUGAAAAUAUUAUUUUUGUACACAACACAAUUCACCUCAUUUCUCAGAUGGUAGACAACAUCAUCAUUGCUUGUGGAGGAAUUUUACCUUUGCUCUCUGCUGCUACAUCUCCAACUGGUUCUAAGACGGAAUUGGAAAAUAUUGAAGUGACACAAGGCAUGUCAGCUGAGACAGCAGUGACUUUCCUCAGCAGACUGAUGGCUAUGGUUGAUGUCCUGGUGUUUGCCAGCUCUCUAAAUUUUAGUGAGAUUGAAGCUGAAAAAAACAUGUCUUCUGGAGGUUUAAUGCGACAAUGUCUGAGGCUUGUUUGCUGUGUUGCUGUACGAAACUGCUUAGAAUGUCGACAAAGGCAAAGGGAAAGAGUGAACAAAUCUUCCCUUAUUAGCAGUAAACCCCAAGAAGCUCCCCAAAGUGUGACUGCUGCAGCAACUUCAAAGACUCCACUAGAAAGUGUCCCUGGUAAUCUUUCUCCCAUUAAAGAUCCUGAUAGACUUCUUCAGGAUGUAGACAUUAAUCGUCUGCGUGCAGUUGUAUUUCGUGAUGUGGAUGAUAGCAAACAGGCUCAAUUUUUAGCUUUGGCUGUUGUUUACUUCAUUUCGGUUCUGAUGGUCUCCAAAUAUCGUGACAUACUAGAACCCCAGAGAGAGACUGCACGAUCUGGAAGCCAGGCAGGUAGAAACAUGAGACAAGAAAUAAAUUCUCCAACAAGUACAGUUGUAGUCAUACCAUCUAUCCCUCAUCCAAGUUUGAACCAUGGAUUUCUUGCCAAGUUAAUUCCUGAGCAGAGCUUUGCCCACUCAUUUUACAAAGAAACUCCAGCUGCAUUUCAGGAUAACAUGAAGGAGAAAGAAACGCCAACACCUGGUGAAGAGAUUCAACUGGAAAGUUCAAUUCCUCAUACAGAUUCUGGAAUUGGAGAGGAGCAGAUACCUAGCAUCUUGAAUGGAGCAGAACUAGAGACUAGUGCAGGUCCUGAUGCCAUGAGUGAAUUAUUGUCAACUUUGUCUUCUGAAGUGAAAAAAUCACAAGAAAGCUUAACUGAGAACCCUAAUGAAAUGCUCAAGCCUGCACCAUCCAUAUCUAGUAUCAGCCAAACCAAAGGCAUUAAUGUCAAGGAAAUACUAAAAAGCCUGGUGGCUGCCCCAGUUGAAAUUCCAGAAUGUGGUCCUGACCCUAUCCCUUACCCAGAUCCUGCAUUGAAGAGAGAAGCCCACACUAUUCUUCCUAUGCAGUUUCAUUCCUUUGACAGGAGUGUUGUAGUGCCUGUGAAGAAGGCUCCUCCUGGUAGUCUAGCUGUCACCACCGUUGGCGCUGCUACUGCUGGAAGUGGGCUGCCCACAGGCAGUACACCUAAUAUAUUUGCUGCUACUGGAGCUACACCAAAAAGUAUGAUUAAUACAACAGGUGCAGUGGAUUCAGGGUCAUCUUCCUCCUCCUCCUCCUCUAGUUUUGUGAAUGGUGCUACCAGCAAAAAUCUCCCAGCUGUUCAAACUGUGGCUCCAAUGCCAGAGGAUUCAGCUGAAAAUAUGAGCAUCACUGCAAAACUUGAAAGAGCUUUAGAAAAAGUUGCCCCACUUCUUCGUGAAAUAUUUGUAGAUUUUGCCCCAUUCCUCUCUCGAACACUACUUGGUAGUCAUGGGCAGGAGCUGUUGAUUGAAGGCCUUGUGUGUAUGAAGUCCAGCACAUCUGUGGUUGAACUUGUUAUGUUGCUUUGUUCCCAGGAAUGGCAAAAUUCAAUUCAGAAGAAUGCAGGACUAGCUUUUAUUGAGCUCAUCAAUGAAGGAAGAUUAUUGUGCCAUGCUAUGAAAGACCAUAUAGUGCGUGUUGCCAAUGAAGCAGAGUUUAUUUUGAAUCGACAGAGAGCUGAGGAUGUGCACAAACAUGCAGAAUUUGAGUCACAAUGUGCCCAAUACGCUGCUGACAGAAGAGAAGAAGAAAAGAUGUGUGACCAUCUUAUCAGUGCUGCAAAGCAUCGGGAUCAUGUCACAGCCAAUCAACUGAAGCAAAAGAUUCUUAAUAUUCUCACAAACAAACAUGGGGCUUGGGGAGCUGUAUCUCAUUGCCAACUACAUGAUUUCUGGCGCUUAGAUUAUUGGGAAGAUGACCUGCGUAGACGGAGAAGGUUUGUUCGGAAUGCAUUUGGAUCUACUCAUGCUGAAGCUUUGCUAAAAGCUGCCGCAGAAUAUGGCACUGAAGAAGAUGUGCUGAAGUCAAAGAAAACAUUCAGAAGUCAAGCUGUGGUGAACCAGAAUGCAGAAACAGAGCUCAUGCUAGAAGGAGAUGACGAUGCAGUCAGUUUACUUCAGGAAAAGGAAAUCGACAACCUUGCAGGCCCCGUGGUCCUCAGCACGCCGGCUCAGCUCAUAGCCCCUGUGGUGGUGGCCAAAGGAACACUCUCCAUUACCACGACGGAAAUUUACUUUGAGGUGGAGGAAGACGAUCCUGCCUUCAAGAAGAUCGACCCCAAAGUUCUUGCAUACACAGAGGGACUUCAUGGAAAAUGGAUGUUCAGCGAGAUUCGAGCUGUAUUUUCAAGACGCUAUCUUCUCCAAAACACUGCUCUGGAAGUGUUUAUGGCAAACAGAACCUCAGUAAUGUUCAAUUUUCCUGACCAAGCAACAGUAAAAAAAGUUGUGUACAGCUUGCCUCGGGUUGGUGUAGGAACCAGCUAUGGUUUGCCACAAGCCAGGAGAAUAUCCUUGGCCACUCCCCGACAGCUUUAUAAAUCUUCCAACAUGACGCAGCGUUGGCAAAGACGAGAGAUCUCUAACUUUGAAUAUUUAAUGUUCCUCAAUACCAUAGCAGGACGAACAUACAACGAUCUGAACCAAUAUCCAGUAUUUCCAUGGGUAUUAACAAAUUAUGAAUCAGAAGAAUUAGACCUGACCCUUCCAGGAAACUUCAGAGAUCUUUCAAAGCCAGUUGGCGCUUUGAACCCCAAAAGGGCAGUUUUUUAUGCAGAACGCUAUGAGACUUGGGAAGAUGAUCAGAGCCCACCCUGCCACUAUAGCACACACUAUUCAACAUCACCAUCUACAUUAUCCUGGCUACUUCGAAUUGAAUUAAUUCCAGAGUUUUACUACCUACCCGAGAUGUUUGUCAACAGUAAUGGAUAUAAUUUGGGAGUAAGAGAAGAUGACAUUGUUGUAAAUGAUGUUGACCUUCCCCCAUGGGCUAAGAAGCCAGAAGACUUUGUACGGAUCAACAGAAUGGCCCUAGAAAGUGAGUUUGUCUCCUGCCAACUCCAUCAAUGGAUUGACCUUAUAUUUGGCUACAAACAGCGAGGACCAGAAGCAGUCCGUGCCCUGAAUGUUUUUCACUACCUAACAUAUGAAGGCUCUGUGAACCUGGAUAGUAUCACUGAUCCUGUGCUCAGGGAGAUUCCAGAGGCUUAUUUUAUUAGAGAUCCUCAUACUUUUCUUCUUACGAAGGAUUUUAUCAAGGCCAUGGAGGCACAGAUACAGAACUUUGGACAGACGCCAUCUCAGUUGCUUAUUGAGCCACAUCCACCUCGGAGCUCUGCCAUGCACCUGUGUUUCCUUCCACAGAGUCCACUCAUGUUUAAAGAUCAGAUGCAACAGGAUGUUAUAAUGGUGCUGAAAUUUCCAUCAAAUUCUCCAGUCACACAUGUGGCGGCCAACACUCUUCCACACCUUACCAUUCCUGCAGUGGUAACUGUGACUUGCAGCAGACUUUUUGCAGUGAAUAGAUGGCACAACACAGUAGGCCUCAGGGGAGCCCCAGGAUACUCUUUGGAUCAAGCCCAUCAUCUUCCCAUUGAAAUGGAUCCUUUAAUUGCAAAUAAUUCUGGUGUGAACAAACGGCAGAUCACAGACCUUGUGGAUCAGAGUAUACAAAUCAACGCACACUGUUUUGUUGUCACAGCAGAUAAUCGCUACAUCCUUAUUUGUGGAUUCUGGGAUAAGAGCUUUAGAGUUUAUUCUACAGAAACUGGGAAAUUAACUCAGAUUGUAUUUGGCCAUUGGGAUGUAGUCACUUGUCUGGCCAGAUCUGAAUCCUACAUAGGAGGAGAUUGCUAUAUUGUGUCUGGAUCUCGAGAUGCUACCCUGUUAUUAUGGUACUGGAGUGGAAGACACCAUAUUAUAGGAGAUAAUCCCAAUAGCAGUGAUUAUCCUGCUCCACGAGCUGUCCUUACAGGGCAUGACCAUGAAGUUGUCUGUGUAUCAGUCUGUGCAGAACUUGGACUUGUUAUCAGUGGUGCUAAAGAAGGCCCUUGCCUUGUACAUACAAUCACUGGAGAUUUGCUGAGAGCACUGGAGGGACCAGAGAACUGCUUAUUCCCUCGACUGAUUUCUGUGUCCAGUGAAGGCCACUGUAUCAUAUACUAUGAACGAGGACGGUUCAGUAAUUUCAGCAUUAACGGGAAACUUUUAGCUCAAAUGGAGAUCAAUGAUUCAACCAGGGCCAUCCUCUUGAGCAGUGAUGGACAGAACCUGGUCACUGGAGGAGACAAUGGAGUUGUGGAAGUGUGGCAGGCAUGUGACUUCAAACAGCUUUACAUUUAUCCUGGAUGUGAUGCAGGCAUUAGGGCAAUGGAUUUGUCCCACGAUCAAAGGACGCUGAUAACUGGCAUGGCUUCUGGUAGCAUUGUAGCUUUUAAUAUAGAUUUUAAUCGAUGGCAUUACGAGCAUCAAAACAGAUAUUGAAGAUGGAUGGAGAACUUAAAUCUUAAGUUAAAGCCGAGAGCACAAGUGCUACAAUGAAGGACAUUAUCUCUGGUGGAAAAACACGUCUCCAUUGGCCUCCGUUGUACA